AUGCACAGCACAGACUUACAGGCAGCCCGCCAGAAGGCGCGCGCAGAGGCCCCUCAUGCUGCUGCUGAAUGUCUGCCCAUUACUCUCUCGCUGCAGCAGCCAGCAGCAGCAGCAGCAGGAGGUGUACUGUAUGCAGCAACAAAAACACUGCAGCAGCUGAGACUGGUGGAAGGCGCGCAACGCCUCCUUAGGCUAGAGAAUAUACAGCAGCAACACAGCAGCAGCAGCAGCAGCAGCAAUGGCACAACCAACAGCAGCAACGGCAUCACAUCUAAUGGCAACAGUAGCAGCAGCAACAGCAGCAGCAGCAGCAAAAAAGAGGCAGUGGUAACGAUCCGCAACGCCUCCGCCUUAGGUACUGGGGAGGCGCUGCCUCUUAUGCAUUUUGUUGCGAGUGCGGAUGUAUGGUGGGCAUUAGGGCUGGCCCCACAGCAGCAGCAGCAGCAAGAGCAGCAGCAGCAGCAACAGCAGCAGCAACAGCAAGGGCAGGGUUCUCAGGUGUCAGUGGUUGCUUCGCUGCUGCCGCUGCUGCAUGCGCCUGUUACAUGCACAGAAAUUGAGUUGCUGCUGCUGCAUGUGUAUACAACCGCACCACCGCAGCAGCAGCAGUCCUUAUCCCGUGCCUCAAGCGAAGCAGCAGCAGCAGCAGCAACAGCAGCAGCAGCAGCAGCAAACUUGAGUGUAUCCCCAAAGCCCCCUGCUUCUUGGUGGGCGGAGAUCCUUGACGGGAGCCCAAUAAAUCUCCCGAUGCACAGCAGCAGCAGCAGCAGCAGCACGAACAUGAACAUGAACAUGAGCAGCAGGAUGAGCAGAAGCCGCAGCAGCAACAGCAGCAGCAGCAGCAGCAGCAAAGGCAGCAGGACCUGCGUCCUAAGAGAGAGUCUUAGACGUGUUGCUCGCCUCUCUCUUCUUUGCCGAUUCUUUAUGCAGCAGCAGCCGCUGCAGUUCUCCUUAGGUGGCUUCUGCUGUAUAUGGAUAGCAAAUGUCCUUAAGCCAGAAGCAGCACAGCAGCAGCAGCAGCAGCAGCAGCACGAGCAGCAGCACGAGCAGCAGCAGCAGCAGCAGCAGCAGCAGCAGCUUUAUAGAGUUACGCCUGAGACAAAAGUUCGACUGUCACUUCAUCCACAGGCAGACAUCUAUGGGCAGCAACAGCAGCAACAGCAGCAGCAGCAGCUGCAGCAGCAGCAGCAGCAAGAGCAGGACUUGCUGCUAGAACCAAAGGAAGGAAACCCAAAGGGCCUUCAAAGGUUGGCAGGUAGUGGGGCAUUGCUGCAGCAGGUAUUUUGGCAGUUGCUGCUGCCGCUGCUGCGUCCUGAUGCAUUUACGGUGUAUGGACUGCAGCAGCCAAAUGGUUUGCUGCUGUGGGGCCCCCCAGGGACAGGGAAGACAUAUUUAAUGAAGGCAGUAGAGGAGGAGAUGCAGCUGCUGCAGCAGCGGCUGCAGCAGCACACCGGUGCAGCACAAGACAGGAGCAAGGUAGCAGCAGCAGCAGCAGCAGCUGCUGCUGCUGCUGCAGCAGGACUAGAUGGAAAAAAUCCAGAUAUAGAUCCAGCAACUGCUCACUCCGAGCUGCUAUUCUCUGUAGUGUCUGGUGGCUGGCUGCAGCAGCAGCAGCAGCAGCAGCAGCAGCAGCAAGUUGUAGUUGUGCUGCCUGAAGUAAGACUAGUGCAUGCAACAGAACUUGUUGGAUCAGCAGCAGGAGAGACAGAGGAGAAUAUUCAUCGUCUAUUUGAUGAUUGUGCUCGUCGCAGCAGAGAGCGCAUGCAACAAGCAGCAGAAGCAGCAGCAGCAGCAGCAGCAGCAGCAGCAGCAGAUAUACGUGUAGUAGGGGGACGCACGCUUCUAUUCAUCGACGAAAUCGAUUCUAUUUGUCCGCAUAGACCAUCAGCAACAGAGGCAGCACGCCGUCAAGUAGCUGCCCUGCUGUCCUGUUUAGAUGGAUUAAGCAGCAGCCCCUCUACGUUUGUUGUUGGUGCAACAAAUCAUAAGGAGACAAUUGAUGAGGCAAUAAGGAGAGCAGGCAGACUUGAAUUAGAGAUCGAGUUGGGUGUCCCUUCUGCUGCUGAGAGACUAGUGAUGCUGCGGCAGAUGUUGCGGCAGAGACCUCAUGACUUAACAGAAGAAGAUAUCCAAGAGAUAGCGGAUAACUCCCAGGCAUAUGUUGCUGCUGAUAUGGCAUUGCUAAUGCGUACAGCAGCAACUUGUGCUCUUAAAGAAAGCCUCCUCAACCAGCAGCAGCAGCAGCAACAGCAGCAGCAACAGCAACAGCAGCAGCAGCAACAGCAGCAACAGCAACAAGACCAAGACCUAUUAACAAACGAAGAUACCAACAACAACAACAACAACAACAACAACAACAACAACAACAACCCCACCACCAACCACCCGUCCCCCCAUCCCCCCCACCACCACGACAAUCAGCAGCAGCAAGAGCAGCAGGAACAGCAGCAGCAGCAGCAGCAUCAUCUAUCAAUUCGUCAUUUUAUGCAUGCAUUAAGUAUAAUUCGUCCAUCAGGUAUAAAAUCAAUAACAAUAGAAAUACCAAGAAUAAAUUGGAUAGAAAUAGGAGGAUAUAAAGAAAUAAAAAAAGAAUUAAUUGAAUAUAUUGAUUGGCCUAUUCAAUACUUUUAUUUAUUUAAUUUAUUUAAACUUCUUCCUCCUAAAGGUAUUCUACUCUAUGGACCACCAGGAUGUAGUAAAACUCUAUUAGCUAAGGCUGUAGCCACACAGACCAAGAUGAAUUUCCUCUCUGUUAAGGAGAGACAAUUCCAUCCAUUAAUUGGGAUUUGGGAUUUGGGAUUUGGGAUUUGUGAUUUGGGAUUUGGGAUUUGUCUAUAUAGUAUAGGAUGUAGUAAAACUCUAUUAGCUAAGGCUGUAGCCACACAGACCAAGAUGAAUUUCCUCUCUGUUAAG